ACGGAAGAUUGACGGAAAUGUUGUGGGGGCUGAAUCUUUCUCUCUAGGAUGGGGAGGAGCCUCUGGGCUGGGCCGGGAGCAGAAGGCAAGAAUGAAGGCGCUGAUCUUGGUGGGAGGCUAUGGCACCCGAUUGCGGCCUUUGACGCUUAGUAUUCCCAAGCCGCUUGUGGAAUUCUGUAACAAGCCCAUCCUGUUGCAUCAGGUGCAGGCCUUGGUGAAGGCAGGUGUAAACCAUGUGAUACUUGCUGUCAGCUAUAUGUCAGAACUGCUGGAGAAGGAAAUGAAGGAGCAAGAACAAAAGUUGAGAAUACGUAUUUCUCUGUCACAUGAGAAGGAACCACUGGGCACGGCUGGCCCACUGGCACUGGCUCGGGAGCUAUUGACCGAGAAUUCUGAGCCUUUUUUCGUACUCAACAGUGAUGUGAUCUGUGACUUCCCAUUUACAGACAUGGUGCGCUUCCACAGGCAUCAUGGCAAAGAGGGCACCAUUGUGGUGACAAAGGUGGAGGAGCCCUCGAAAUAUGGUGUAGUGGUGUGUGAAGCUGAUACUGGGCGCAUACAUCGCUUCGUGGAGAAACCCCAGGUUUUUGUCUCCAAUAAGAUCAAUGCUGGCAUGUAUAUCUUCAACCCAAGUGUGCUAGAAAGAAUCCAGCUGCAACCUACCUCAAUUGAGAAGGAAAUCUUCCCGGUGAUGGCAGAACAAGGACAACUCUAUGCCAUGGAACUACAGGGGUUCUGGAUGGACAUUGGCCAACCUAAAGACUUCCUGACUGGCAUGUGCAUGUAUCUGCAAUCUCUUCGGCUGAAGCAGCCAGAGUGGCUGCAUUCAGGACCAGGUUUUGUGGGCAAUGUACUCGUGGACCCAACAGCCAAGAUCGGAGCAAACUGCAGUAUUGGUCCCAAUGUCACUAUUGGAGCUGGUGUGGUGAUAGAAGAUGGGGUUCGGAUCAAGCGAUGCACUGUCCUGAAAGGAUCACGCAUCCGUUCCCAUUCUUGGCUUGAGUCCUGCAUUGUUGGCUGGAGCUCCUCUGUAGGCCAGUGGGUGCGGAUGGAGAACGUGACAGUACUCGGUGAGGAUGUCAUUGUGAAUGAUGAACUCUACCUCAAUGGUGCCAAUGUGCUGCCUCACAAAUCCAUUGCUGAGUCAGUGCCAGAACCACGCAUCAUCAUGUAGCCAUUCUGGGACUAGCCCCCUCCCACCCCACCCCAAGACCCUGCCUAUACUGGGGCCAUCCCCACCCUGUGCCUUGGUAGCAGGGGGAUCUCUGAUUUCUGGACACGAGUAUUUACUUUGCCCCUGCUGCUGAAUGCCUAGCCCUUUGCUGGGAUCCUGCAGAGACAUACAGCAGGACCAAGAUCUGUGCAAGGUGGCUGGGAUGUUCAGACGCAUUUCUUGGGAAGAGGAGAAAACAGGAAGACCUGGGCUAGCUCUGCACUUGUUCUGCUGCAAAAGCCAGAACCCAUGCUUUAGCCUGGAAAGUGGCUCUGAACAGGAAAUGGCUUGCUGCAGCAAGCAAGCAAGCAGGGAACGGCAGUGGUUAGACUGCAAAGACAACUGACCCAGUUUGGCCUACAGGGAAAAUGAGUGGCAUGCUGUUAUUCCAGGAUGGCUCUUACUUCUCAGGAGAAAGUCUGAAUGCAGUCUUCUUCCAGUACUUCUUUGGAACUCUGAUGCCUUACAAAGACUGAAACCCUCUCCCUCAUUAUGGCCAAUCAUCACACAUGGUAUUAUUCGAAGUAGUGGCAGGAUGCUGUCAACUACUGAAAACAAACAAAAAUUAUACUGCUCUGAACAUUAA